ACCAACUCCCGAUAGCUGUUAAUUACGAGAAUACCCCAACUUCCAUGGAUAUGGAGUACUCCUCUCAGAACUGGCUCGCCUUCUCGCUUUCCCCCCACCCCGGCAACCUCUUCGAAGCCUUUUCAUUCGCUCCCGGAGCAGUGGAGGAGGAUGGCGGAUGCCUUGAGCCUAAGCUUGAGGACUUCCUCGGCGGCGGCGGAAGGGAGGAAGCAGAGGUAAAUAACAAAGGCGCCAUCUUUGACUCGGACUUGAAGUCGGUGGCCUCCGGAUUUCCUUGCGGAUCGGUGGCGGAGGAGUUGCCGGAGCAGCAGAUACUGGAAAUUUCGGCAGCUUUAUCGGAUACGAGGAAGGCCGUCGAUACCUUCGGCCACCGGACUUCCAUUUACCGCGGCGUCACCAGGCACCGGUGGACGGGGAGGUACGAAGCGCACCUAUGGGACAAUAGCUGCCGCCGGGAAGGCCAAAGCCGGAAGGGAAGACAAGUUUAUUUAGGUGGAUAUGAUAAGGAGGAGAAGGCCGGGCGGGCUUAUGACCUGGCAGCUCUCAAGUACUGGGGACCCACUACCACGACCAAUUUUCCUGUUUCUGACUACGAGAAGGAACUGGAGGAUAUGAAGAGCAUGACUCGACAGGAAUUCGUUGCUUCUCUACGAAGGAAGAGUAGCGGCUUCUCAAGAGGUGCUUCUAUCUAUAGAGGAGUAACAAGGCAUCACCAGCAUGGCCGGUGGCAGGCAAGGAUUGGAAGAGUAGCCGGCAACAAGGACCUUUAUCUUGGCACAUUUAGUAAGUACUAUAACAAUAUUAAUAUCCAUAUGUAUUCUCAAUGCACGUACUCAUAUAGAAAUUACUGUAUUUACUUCGACAUGAGCCGCUACAACAUAAGCACCAUAGCCAACAGCGAUCUCCCCAUCGGCAGCAUGGCCACUCGAGCCUUCAAAGCCUUCGAUGCCACCUCUAAUUCUUCCUCUGAUACGGUCAUGGCGGUCGAAGAGCAACAACUGGCUGGUCGCGAUGAUCAUAACGAUUACUGGUCACUUGUUGCUUUCCACAACCCAUACAAUCAAGAUCUGCAACAACAAGCUGCAGUCUCAGGGAGUACUGUGGGGCUGUACGCUUCGGGGAUUAAUAUGGAUUUUUCUGAUGGAGUGGUAAUGGAGAGUACUGAUAAUGGUAAUAACUUGGUAUGGAGGAAUUCUGCUAUUAAUGGCGUUGGAUUUGGAGGGAGUUUUGAAGGCACGAACUUUGCUGCAAAUUCUAAUUCGUACUAUUAUUACCAGACUGCAAAGCCAAAUGUUUCUGUCUUUCAAAGUCCUAUAUUUGGGAUAGAAUGAUUAGAAGCAGAAAGAAAAAGACAAAGGGAAUGGAGAAAGAGAGAGAGUACUGAUGUGAACUAACAUUCUAGAGAGAGGGAUAGAGAUCCCAAGUUCUUUUUCUUUGUAGGGUGUUCUUUUCUUUACUGUACUGACAUGAUUCUAUAUUGUCAUUAGACUUUUGAGACCCUUUGAUUUGGAUUUUUACUUUUCCAGCUAGCUGUUAGAAUGUGUAUCAAUCAUGAUAUCAGUAUCAGAGGAGUAAAUGUAUUA